AUGCCUGACGAUGCUGCACCUUCCCAUGAAGCUGCUGCUUCUUCCAUGGAGUCUGCGGCAUCUCUCCGUUCCUGUUACGGUUCCUUGGGUAACUUUACCCAUGUACAGUCCUUAUUGGAUAGACCUGGUGGGCUUCCUUUUUGUAGCGCCAGCUCAAAUAAACCAUUAUUCAGCCAAAGCUGGACGUUUGGUGGAAGACUCGUCUCUGCAGUCAACAGAAAAGCAAUACUCGUACCGUAUGUUAAGGCCUCAGGAUUGCCGAUACUAGAAACAUCUGACGUGGUUCAUUCAAAUAGCAGUUCACAAGGAUCAUCACAGAAGAAUGUUCUGCAGGGUGCAUCAUUUCCUAAUGGAUUUGAGGCAUUGGUUCAGGAAGUCUGUGAUGAAACUGAUGUGGCUGAACUAAAGCUAAAGGUAGGGGAUUUUGAAAUGCAUCUGAAGCGAAACAUUGAAGCCACAAAAAUUCCAUCGCUUAUCACUACACCUUCACCCAUGGCUGCGGUUGUGUCUACAGGGUCGCCUAUUUCAAUUUCAGGGCCUAGAUUGUCUGCUGACUAG